AUGGCUGCACCGAACUGCGGCCCGUCGCAGACCAAACGCCACCAGAGUCUGAAGACUGCUUGUUCCUCGAUUUACGAGGUGGUUGCCAAACAUCAAGGCAGAAAAGAAAAGCUCAAGCACGGUGCGCCCAUGGUGGUGUGUUUCCAGGAGGGAGCUUUUGUCUCCGGGUCCAAGUCAGACCAGGAUCCCUCAAGGUCGAUUACAGCUAGCAAGGAAAUGGGUUUCUCGUCAUAA